GUUAUGUAGUCGUCAAGAACCAACAUCCGACAUGUCAUGCCAUCAUCUCUAACAAUGGCUGAAGCUGCUCAAAACAGCAAUGAUAACAAGAAUUUCACACUCAGACUAUUGACCAUCCAUACACUUGCAAAAAAAAUAAAAAACAAACUGCAUAUCAAAUUUAAAAAUACAAUAGAAUACAACACAUAAAUAAUUGAAACAACAUCCCGCCCGUAGGACGGACAAAUCACUAGUAAUAAAUAUUUUAAAAGAAAAGGUACAUGUCACAAUUAGAUUAAUGAUAUGUCACAUUUUUCAAAAGCUUUGUCAUUUUUUUUAUUAAAAAUGGAUGUGGUGAUGAUACAUAUGAAAAUCACUUCGCAAAUAAUGUUUAGAGGAUUUACUGGUUUUGGCCACUAUCUCCUGGUCGAAAGCAGAAAAACAUCAUGCAUAUGAAACAUAUCAACAAAUCUACUAGAUGAUCCGGCCAUACACACGAGACUACAUGCUCAUAAGACUACAUGCUCAUAAGGCUACAUGCCCAUUAGGACAUGCUCCCAACAUAUGGUUAAACACCAUCAUCAACCACAAGUCCAUUUAGACCACUUGGUUAUAUAGGCCUCGUGCCCAUUGAGCUAAAAAGACAUUGGUAUUUCUUAAGGCCAUGCUGCACCUUUGCAACAAAUCAUCUCCAGUAAGAUUGUCAAAAACGGUUUAGGCGAUCUCGGAGGCGAUACCCUACUCCCUAAGCCGUAGGGAGCUUGUUACCAAAGCACGAUUCAGGUUAUCCGAUGAGCACAAGUUAUUUCUCCACUUCAAACAUGAACUCUUAAAAUAAGACCAUAUUUUGGGGAUAAAGUAGGACGCCGACUUCUACCUCCAGGUUUUUUAGCUUCUGGCUUCCAUGCUAUACGUUUCUCCUUUUCCGGAUAAAAAGAAAACUUCUACAUAGAGGAUUUUCCAUAUCUCAUGAUUUGGUCAAAUCUAACCUAAUUCUCGCCAAGAACUACACAUAUAAGGAUCCUAAAAUUUUAAAUGAGGAGAUUCGACAUUCAACCCUUUUGAAUAAGAGACAUGCAUUUAGAACUAGGAUUCAAUACCAAUACGUCGCACUCCUUCUUUUAUGAUCAUAAAACAUUACUUUAAUUCCCUUUUAUUGUUUUGCUUCUUGUUUUCUAGUAUACAAAGAAACCAACAUUAUCUUACCCUAACAAUUUAUACAGCCAAAUUUUGUGAUGCUUUGUUUAUUAUAUUCGAGUAUUCGACCCCAAAAAAUAUACAAAGAAAAACAACUAUAAUUAUAAAUCUUGUAAUAUUAAUAAAAACUCAUACCUAAUAGUUUGUCCUUGUUGUAUGUAGGCAUGACUUUAAUUUGUUCUAUCAAAAACCAAAAUGGCAUACUCUAUAAAUAGUGACAAGAAGUAUCAUCGUCUAAUCGUGACUUAUAUCCAAAGGAGAAGCACUCUUUUAGGAUAAUAGUCUUGUUUUGGAAAAUCAGAGGCCAAUUUUUCAAAAAAGACAAUCAAUUUUUUUGUGUGAGAAAACGAAAGAAAAAAAAACUAAUAUUUUUUCUCUCUCUAAAGAAUCAAACAAGCUAAAAUUAAGCUUACACUUUCCUUUCCCUUGCCUUUCUCCUUCAACAUCUUUGGAAUCAAUUUGAAGGCAAUAGAGAACCUCUGAUGGUCGUGAUGGAUUUAGAUGAAGAAGCUACAAGAGAAGGAGAGAACAUUGAAGAGGUCGUCAAUGCAGAAGAAUCUAUAGAUGAUGAAGCCGUAGAUAUUCAUGAGGAAGAAGUCGGCGACGUGAAGGACGAUUUGGUGGGCAAGAUUAUAACAACUAUUGAGUUUCUUGAUCAGAUCAGCGAUUAUAGACGAACACAGCAGAAAGAAUGCUUCAACCUCGUUAGGCGACUGAAGAUUCUUAUUCCGUUUAUGGAUGAGAUUCGAGGCUUUGAAUUCCCCUCGCCAGAGAGUUGUAUGCAUUUUUUGAAUCGUUUGAGGAAAGUGAUUUUGGCUGCAAGAAAAUUGUUGGAAACUUGCAACAAUGGUAGUAAAAUAUUUCUGGCAUUGGAUAGUGAAUUGAUAAUGACGAGAUUUCAUUCAAUUUAUGAAAAGUUGAAUCGUGUUCUUGUUAAGACUCCUUUUGACGAAUUGGGGAUUUCUGAUGAAGUGAAAGAUGAGGUUGGUUCAUUGUGUAAACAAUUGAAAAAAGCAAGGAGAAGAACAGACACACAGGACAUAGAGCUAGCAGUAGACAUGAUGGUCAUGUUUUCAAAAACAGAUCCUCGAAAUGCAGAUAGCGCUAUUAUAGAAAGGCUUGCCAAAAAACUUGAGUUACAAACAAUGGAGGAUUUGAAGACGGAAACAAUAGCCAUAAAAACCCUAGUCCAAGAAAAAGGAGGGUUGAGCAUAGAGACUAAACAACAUAUCAUUGAGCUUCUAAAUAAGUUCAAGAAGCUUCAAGGUGUUGAAGCUACCGACGUUCUCUACGAACCUGUUAUCAAUAAAUCCACAUCCCUAAUACUACCACACGAGUUUUUGUGUCCAAUCACACUUGAAAUCAUGCAAGACCCGGUUAUCAUCGCCACUGGACAGACAUAUGAAAAGGAGGGUAUACAAAAGUGGUUUGAUGCAGGACACAAGACUUGUCCAAAAACCGGGCAAACACUUGAUCAUCUUUCCCUUGCUCCCAACUAUGCAUUGAAGAAUAUAAUUUUGCAGUGGUGUGAGAAGAACAAUUUCAAGAUUCCAGAGAAGGAAACGUCUUUACAUUCCGAAAAUGACUCCGAGGAGCAGAAAGAUGAGGUAUCUUUGCUGGUGGAAGCAUUAUCGUCAAGCCAAUUGGAAGAACAAAGAGCAUCAGUGAAGCAGAUGCGUUUGCUCGCUAAAGAAAAUCCAGAGAACAGAGUUUUAAUAGCUAACGCAGGAGCGAUCCCUUUGCUAGUUCAGCUUCUUUCUUACCCUGAUUCAGGAAUCCAAGAGAACGCUGUAACGACUCUGUUGAAUCUAUCCAUCGAUGAGACCAACAAGAAACUCAUCUCGGAUGAAGGAGCCAUCCCAGACAUAAUUGAAAUUCUUCAGAACGGGAACAGGGAGGCGAGAGAGAACUCUGCAGCAGCUUUGUUUAGUUUGUCAAUGCUUGACGAGAACAAAGUAACAAUCGGAUUAUCAAAUGGGAUCCCGCCACUGGUUGAGUUACUGCAGCAUGGGACAUCAAGAGGGAAGAAAGAUGCUCUCACUGCACUCUUUAACUUGUCCCUUAACUCAGCUAAUAAAGGGAGAGCCAUUGAUGCUGGUAUCGUUCAACCGUUGCUACAACUUCUCAAGGAUAGAAACUUAGGGAUGAUCGAUGAAGCGCUUUCGAUUCUAUUGCUUCUUGUCUCGCAUCCCGAAGGACGUCAAGCCAUUGGACAGCUCUCCUUCAUUGAGACACUUGUGGAUUUCAUUAGACAAGGCACACCGAAGAAUAAAGAAUGCGCGGCCUCGGUACUACUUGAGCUAGGCUCUAACAAUUCAUCUUUUAUCCUGGCUGCACUUCAGUUCGGCGUCUAUGAAUAUCUUGUAGACAUAACCAGUUCCGGAACAAACAGAGCUCAAAGAAAAGCAAAUGCACUCAUACAACUCAUAAGCAAAUCUGAACAAAUUUGAAAAAUGUUCUCAACAUUUCAUCUUCUAUUGCAAUUUCAGUUUCUUCCUCAUUAGGUUCCUGAAUUGAUUUGAUUGUGUAAUUAUUUGUUGUAUAAUUGUACAUGCUCUUGAGUUUAGUCAUAUGCUAUUUGUUUUUUUUAUUGUAUUAAAUAUUAUCUUCUAUGUAAAUUCUAACUCUUAUUGUAAAGGAAGUACAUACAAUUCCA